AUGCAACUGCUAGCUGUUGAGCCAUGUGCUGACAAGACAGCAUGGAAACUCAGAAGGCAUGGGCAGCUGACAUUCCAAGAGGUAUGGGCAGCUGACAUUCCUAGAGGCAUGGGCUACACAUCAAAUCAGCAGCAUGGGAACCUAAUGGGCAGCUCAGACAAAUGGGAACAGCUAGGAAUGGGUGUGCUUCACCAGCCAAAGGGGGAGCACGAAUUUGCACUCUAUAAAUAG